AUGGCCAAGACCCCAAUGGGAAACAUGGAUUGCUUUCUUACAAGCUAUUUUCUAUUUUUCACGAUGUUGUUCUCAGCAAAUGCUCAAUUUGCUAAGAAUACUUAUCUCAUUCAAAUGGAAAAAUCAGCAAUGCCGAAAGCCUUCCCCAACCACCUUGAAUGGUAUUCAUCAAAGGUGAAAUCAGUUCUGUCCACAUCCCCAGAAGCUGAUAUGGACAAUGAAGAGAGAAUAAUCUACACUUACCAGAAUGCUUUUCAUGGUGUUGCAGCCAAGUUGACUAAAGGAGAAGCUGAUAAGCUAGAGGCUGAAGAAAGUGUUGUGGCCAUAUUCCCAGAUAAAAAGUAUGAGCUACACACCACAAGAAGUCCUACAUUCCUUGGGCUUGAACCAGCAACAGCCCCUAACAUGUGGUCAGAAAAGCUUGCUGGCCAUGAUGUUAUAGUAGGAGUGUUAGACACUGGGAUUUGGCCAGAGAGUGAAAGCUUCAAAGAUGUAAGCAUGGGACCAGUAUCUACUCAUUGGAAAGGUGCCUGUGAGAUUGGAACAGGCUUCACAAAAAGUCACUGCAAUAAAAAGGUUGUGGGGGCAAGAGUGUUCUACCACGGAUAUGAAGCAGCAGUUGGUAAAAUUAAUGAGCAAAAGGAGUACAAAUCACCAAGAGAUCAAGACGGGCAUGGCACUCACACAGCAGCUACAGUUGGUGGCUCUCCUGUGCUUGGGGCUAACCUUCUUGGUUAUGCUAAUGGCACAGCAAGAGGAAUGGCACCAGGUGCAAGGAUUGCCGCUUACAAAGUGUGUUGGAUUGGUGGGUGCUUCAGCUCAGAUAUUGUGUCAGCUAUUGAUAAAGCUGUGGCUGAUGGAGUGAAUAUUCUUUCCAUCUCUUUGGGUGGCGGAAUCUCCUCUUAUUACCGUGAUAGUUUAUCUGUUGCUGCAUUUGGAGCAAUGGAGAGGGGUGUUUUUAUUUCGUGUUCUGCAGGAAAUGCAGGACCUGACCCUGCUAGCCUCACCAAUAUUUCACCUUGGAUCACCACAGUUGGAGCCAGCACAAUGGAUAGGGAUUUUCCAGCAGUAGUUAAGCUUGGAAAUGGUAAAAUAGUGACUGGAGUUUCACUCUACAAAGGGCGAAGUGUGCUAUCAAUCGAGAAACAAUACCCUUUGGUUUACUUGGGGAGCAACUCUAGCAGGGUUGAUCCAAGAUCCAUGUGUUUGGAAGGGACUUUGGAUCCUAAAGUGGUUUCGGGAAAGAUAGUGAUUUGUGAUAGAGGCCUUAGUCCUAGAGUGCAAAAGGGUCAUGUGGUGAGAAGUGCAGGAGGGGUGGGAAUGAUUCUCACAAAUACUGAAGCUAAUGGAGAAGAACUGGUUGCAGAUUGCCAUCUCCUUCCUGCAGUUGCAAUAGGAGAAAAAGAAGGAAACUAUCUCAAAACUUAUGUCCUAUCAAGUCAAAGUGCUACUGCAACUAUAGCUUUUAAAGGUACAAGGUUGGGAAUUAGGCCAUCUCCUGUAGUGGCAGCAUUUUCAUCAAGAGGGCCUAAUUUUCUCACCCUUGAAAUUCUGAAGCCUGAUUUAGUGGCGCCUGGCGUUAACAUUCUUGCUGCUUGGAGUGAGGCCAUUGGUCCAUCAGGUUUGAAAAUAGACGACAGGAGAGAGAAGUUCAAUAUACUCUCUGGAACCUCAAUGUCAUGCCCCCAUGUGAGUGGCAUAGCAGCCUUUCUCAAGGCUAGGCACCCUGAGUGGAGUCCUGCUGCUAUAAAAUCUGCUUUGAUGACAACAGCUUAUGUUCUUGACAACACAAAGAAAACCCUCACGGAUGCCUCAACCGCUAAACCUUCAACUCCUUAUGAUCAUGGUGCUGGACACAUUGACCCUAUUGGAGCUCUUGACCCUGGUUUGGUCUAUGACAUUGAGCCACAGGAUUACUUUGAAUUCCUAUGCACACAGAACCUGACUCCAAGCCAAUUACGAGUUUUUGCCAAAUAUUCCAACAGAUCUUGCGCACACUCUCUUGCCAGUCCAGGGGACUUGAACUACCCAGCCAUAUCAUCAGUCUUUACCCAAAAAUCAGCCACUUCACUCUCCAGCCCUGUGAUUGUUCACCGAACUGUCACCAAUGUUGGUCCUCCUGAUUCCAAAUACCAAGUUGUGGUCUCACCAUUCGAAGGUGCUUCUGUCAAAGUUGAGCCAGAAACUUUGAAUUUUACCGAACACCACCAAAAGCUAUCUUACAAGAUUACAUUCACUCCAAGGGUUCGCCAAACCUCGCCCGAAUUUGGAAGUCUAGUAUGGAAGGAUGGUUUGCACACUGUGAGAAGCCCCAUUGUGAUAACAUGGCUGGCACCACCAAUGUGA